UCAGUAAACAGCAGCUGUGUGUGUUUCGGCGCGUCAGCUGAAAUCAAACCGGUGUUUUAAUUGAACGGCGUUUGGUGCGAGACGCUAGGAAUUCUCUUUAUUUACGAUUACACGGACGCUGAAUGUUGGCACUCCUGUUACCACUCAUAAAUAAAUCCUCAUAAAUGUCAGCGCUGACCUUUGACACGAGCCAGGAUUAGACGUGACCCCUCGAAGAAAUGCAGACGUGACCAAAACAGGGGACCCAGACCAUGGCUUUGACACUGACAUUAACAUUGACACUGACGUUUUAUUUCAGAUAAACUCCCUCACACGGGGAUUUUAGCCUCUGCAGACCAUUUACAUGCACUAAAACCUAUAGGAACGCAAGCAAAAAGCAGAAUAGGGCCGUUGAAUAUAUUGUUCUUACAGUAUUGGAUUUAUUUAGAUAAAACAUCUGUUCUGUUUUGUUUUAUAUUUAUAUCACUAACUAUUUUAUUCAUUUUUCUAUUUAUUAACAGAGUUUGAAACUAAAAAGAAGCCAAGAUGUCUGAGGUAAAGAAGAUGUCAUCGAGCCGCAGGCAUCAUCUCAAGAGUUUGAUCCUCUCUAUCGCUGCUGCGUGGAUCGAGCAGGAAACCGCUGAGACCACUGCGGCUAAAGCGGCUUAUCUGAGCGAACAUUGUGCCAAACCCGACCUGAGCGGAGACCAGGCGGCUCUCAUGGAAAUCUGCAAAAAGCUGCACCAGCUCCUGGACAAGAUCGAUGAAGAAAGAUACGACUCCGAGUCCAAAGUGACAAAGAGCGACAAAGAGAUUGAGGACCUGAAGAUGAAGGUGGUGGAGAUGGCCGGCGUGAAGAAGCCCGCUCUGAAGAAGGUCCGUAUGUCUGCAGACGCCAUGCUUCAGGCUCUGCUGGGAGGAAAACACAAGGUGACCAUGGAUCUGAGGUCCAGCCUGAAGCAGGUCAAGAAGGAGGUCAAAGAGGAGCCUGCAGAGGCGGCGGGCGACUGGCGUAAGAACAUCGAGGAUAAGGCCGACAGGAAGAAGAUGUUCGAGACCGCCUAAAGACUUUGUUACACCUCAGCUUUCCUAUGCAAAAACUAACCUGUGCCAUUAAAUUAUUUUUGGAAGAA